AUGGGUGGGUUGAAGAGGAAGAUUGAUACAGGGAAGAAGAUAGAUGGGAAAAAUCCACGAGCGGUUGCUUUCUCAAAACGUCGUAAGGGUCUUUUCAACAAAGCCUCAGAGCUUUGUCUUCUCUCCGACUGUCAGAUCGCGAUUAGCGACUCCGCUUUCCUCGCGGAUCAGACUCCUUCUCGGGAUGAUGAUGAUGAUGAUGAAAAGUUAGGGUUUUGGUGGGAAGAUGAGAGUGUCGCCAAUUCAGAGAAUCCGGAGGAAUUGGGUGCCGCGAUUGAUUCGAUGACGAAGAUGUUACACGAUCUCAAGGAGUUGCAAAGCAAGCAAAGGGAACGAUCUUGUGGAAGUGGAGGAGAAGGAGAACAACAACAAUGCUUUAAGUGGAAACGUGGGUGGAUCAUGCAACCAAGGGCUUGA